AUGAUAAACUCCGACGUGCUACGGCCGACACAGAACUCCGGGCGCAAAGCGCUUGGUAAGCUCGCCAGCAGGUUGGAAGAAGUGAAGAACCCAUGGCGAAAAGGGUCGACGCUCGAACUCAGCCACAAUGAGGCGGCCAGGUUGGCAACAGACGCUCUGCUGGAGUAUGGGGAGAAGGAAUACAGACGAGUUCUGACAGAGGAAAAGGAAUUAAACUUUCUCUCACCGCUUGAGAUUCGUUAUAUUACCGAGAAUGUAGCCAAAAACUGUAGCUCUGAUAACAACAGCUCAAAUGGCACUGACAGGGACAUUGGAGAGGGGUAUACGGUUUCGGAGCUUACCUCCGGGACCUAUUUCCCAAUGAUGUCCGACGAGGAGCCACCUAUUCUGGAACUAGGAUGGCCAGAAAACCCCCAACGAUACGGACCCUCAGAAACACAGAUCUAUUUCCAACGGGACAAGACUCACAAUUUGAAAGACCUCAUUCGGUCAUUAAUAAAUAAAGCAAAAAAUGUAAGUCAUUGAAUUAUAUAAAAAAAUAUGCCCAUUAUUAUUUUAUUUUAAACCAUUUAAAAGGCCAAUGACUAAUAUGGUCCCUAAAAGGCACGGGUUAUUUUUCUACCUUUUUCUACCUUUUUCUAUCUUGGCCAGGACGCUCUUGAAAAAGAGAUUUUAAAUCUCAAUGAGCCCUUCCUGGUUAAAUAAAGGUUAAAUAAAAUAAAAUAAAUACAAGCCUUUUUAAGUUUUGUUUUGGAGCAAGAGGCAUCACCAUACAGACAGUAGCCAAUAGGCCUAGGCUAUUAUUUGGUUUGUUUCUUUGUAGCCUGUUUUAUGUGUGUGUCAUGUUCAUUUGAAGAAAAUGUAGCCUAGUGAGAGAGCAGUAAGUUUUACAACAGUCUUUACAGAGGCAUACAGGACUCCAGCUCAUGUUUGCCUUGGCAAAAAGCCAUGCAGGCCUGUGUUAGAUAAGAUUGUUACAAUGUUCUAUGAAUACCCUCUUCAUAAUGCAUUAUAAGCGCAUGUAUAAUGCCUAAUGAGCAUGCUCUGCAUAAUGCAUUAUUAUAAUGCACAGCAUAGGUGCUACUAACGGCUCUUAAUCAUCUAUGACUAUAAGGCCUUAUGAAGCAAAAUGUUAUAAUGCCCUAUAUGUUAAGCUCAUUAGGAGAGCAUUAUAUUGUGCUCAUCAAGGGGUAUAUUACUAUUUUUUUCAAUAGGCUAAAAAGGGAGUAUCUUCCCAUUCUCCUGCACACCCUCUAUUACACCUAGCGGUCAACAUUUCCCAAUGAGCUAUUGAAAAUGGUGUCAUUGAUCCUAGCCAAAAUGGUGCUCUUGCUGAUAGCACCAAUAGCACCAUUUUACAAAGUAAAUAUAAAUGUACUUAGUGAAUAAAGGUGAUUCUGAUUUUUUUUUAAAUAUGAUAGUUUUAAUUAUCGUUCAUACCUGGCUGGUACAUGUAAACAUACAAAAUACAGAUGUGAUGAACAACAUAAUUAUUAUAGGCCUAUAAAUAAAAUUAACAAACUGAAAAUAACAGCAUCGCACCCUGUUGUCAGAAAAUUUCAUUUCUGUAUUGAUAAACUUUUCCUUGUGCAUGCAGGUUAUAGCUUUGGUCAUGGACCUCUUCACAGAUGUUGAUCUGCUAUGUGACUUGAUGGAGGCCUCGAACAAACGCAAGGUCCCUGUGUACAUUCUCCUGGAUGAUAAGAAUCUCAACUACUUUGCUGACAUGUGUGCAGCCCUGGACAUCCUGAACUCUCAGCUGGGUGUAAGUCAUGGUGGAAGGGUGUGACGUGGUGGAUCAUGGGUUCACCUGGUUGGCUUACAGCAAGGGUGUCAAACUCAUUCCAUGGAGGGCCUAGUGUCUGCAGGUUUUAGUUUUUUCCUUUCAGUUAAGCCCUAGACAACCAGGUGUGGGUAGUUCCUUACCAAUUAGGGACCUUGAUUCAUCAAUCAGGUACAAGGCAGGAGCGAAAACCCGCAGACACUCGGGCCUCCGUGGAAUGAGUUUGACACGUGUGGCUUACACUGUAAGAAUGCACAGUUAACGACAGUAAAUGUGUUUUACAGCACACUGUAAGACUUUUCUGUAAUUUCUGUUUACAGAAUUUAUUAUUGUGCAUUGUGGGAAAAUGUUGUGGGUGGGGAAAGAGUCUCUGGCUCAUUAACAUAUUUGAAAACAUGCCUUGUAAAAGGCUAUAUUUGUUGCACCCGUGAAUGAGAAUGCUCUACCCCCACAGAAUACAGUAAUAUACUGUAUUUUAGGAAUUCUAAAACCUUGUACUGAAAAUAUACAGUAAUUUGCUGGCCAAUUGCUGCCAGUAAUUAACUGUAAUUCAGAAUACAAUACCAUACCACAUUUUUAGAGCACCAAAAAGCUUUUGAACACUAGUGGGUGCAUGGUAUUGUUGUUUAUGACUCAUUAACAUAUUUGAGGUGUGUCUUGUAAGAGGCUAUAUUUGUUGCACCCGUUAGUAAGAAUGCUGUACGAAUUUAACUGAUAUGUGGAAGUGGUUCCUGAACAAUUUAAUUUAUUUAGGGGACAGAUCAGAAUGGCAGCAAGUCUCAAACCAUUAAUGGUUGAGUGGCUAGCCAUGUCCUUUUGAUCUGUUUUGACCUGUAGUCACUGUCAGUUUAGAAGUCUUUGUUAAGGUCUAAAGUGCAAGUGAUAUAAAACACCAAAUAUCAGUUGGUAUGCUGUAAUAUAUAAUUGCAUAUUCACUAUGAGCAAUUGCUGAAUAGUUUUUUAAUACAAUUCAACAAUAAAGUACCGUAUUGCUGUUUUGCUGUAUAUUUAAUGCAGCAUACUGUAAAUCGCUGGCUCAUUAACAUAUAUUUUAAGGCGUGCCUUGUAAGUGGAUAUAUUCGUUACACUCGUUAGUGAGAGUCCUGUACCAAUUUAAGUGAUAUGUGGUAGUAGUUCUCUAGCAAUUAAAUAUAUAUAGGGGACAUAUCAGAGUGGCAGUGGGUCUUAAACCUUUAAUGGUUGAAUAUUUAAGUAAGUCCAGGUUUGGAAGCCAUUCUUUAGGCCUAUAGAAGUGCAAGUGAUAUAAAAUAUAUAAUAUUCAUUAAUAUGCUGUAAUAUACAAAUGCCUAGCAGCCAGCCUUCUUGCUCCAAACCCUUAUAAUUACAGUAAAAUACUGUAAAAUAUAACUUUCUUACAGUUUAUUAGUCCGUUUUACAGUAUUGGACUGUGUUUCUUUGCUUUGACAUUAUAGUUAUUUACAGUAAGCUGUAAUUAAGUUUCUGUGAACAGAAAUAAAGGGAAAUAUAUAUUUUUAAAGGAAAUGUAUAUGUAUGUGUAUAUAUGUAUGUAAAUAUGUAUGUACAGUGGGGGAAAAAGUAUUUAGUCAGCCACCAAUUGUGCAAGUUCUCCCACUUAAAAAGAUGAGAGAGGCCUGUAAUUUUCAUCAUUGGUACACGUCAACUAUGACAGACAAAUUGAGAAAAAAACAUCCAGAAAAUCACAUUGUAGGAUUUUUAAUGAAUUAAUUUGAAAAUUAUGGUGGAAAAUAAGUAUUUGGUCACCUACAAACAAGCAAGAUUUCUGGCUCUCACAGACCUGUAACUUCUUCUUUAAGAUGCUCCUCUGUCCUCCACUCGUUACCUGUAUUAAUGGCACCUGUUUGAACUUGUUAUCAGUAUAAAAGACACCUGUCCACAACCUCAAACAGUCACACUCCAAACUCCUAUGGCCAAGACCAAAGAGCUGUCAAAGGACACCAGAAACAAAAUUGUAGACCUGCACCAGGCUGGGAAGACUGAAUCUGCAAUAGGUACGCAGCUUGGUUUGAAGAAAUCAACUGUGGGAGCAAUUAUUAGGAAAUGGAAGACAUACAAGACCACUGAUAAUCUCCCUCGAUCUGGGGCUCCACGCAAGAUCUCACCCCGUGGGGUCAAAAUGAUCACAAUAACGGUGAGAAAAAAUCCCAGAACCACACGGGGGGACCUAGUGAGUGACCUGCAGAGAGCUGGGACCAAAGUAACAAAGCCUACCAUCAGUAACACACUAUGCCGCCAGGGACUCAAAUUCUGCAGUGCCAGACGUGUCCCCCUGCUUAAGCCAGUACAUGUCCAGGCCCGUCUGAAGUUUGCUAGAGUGCAUUUGGAUGAUCCAGAAGAGGAUUGGGAGAAUGUCAUAUGGUCAGAUGAAACCAAAAUAUAACUUUUUGGUAAAAACUCAACUCGUCGUGUUUGGAGGACAAAGAAUGCUGAGUUGCAUCCAAAGAACACCAUACCUACUGUGAAGCAUGGGGGUGGAAACAUCAUGCUUUGGGGCUGUUUUUCUGCAAAGGGACCAGGACGACUGAUCCGUGUAAAGGAAAGAAUGAAUGGGGCCAUGUAUCGUGAGAUUUUGAGUGAAAACCUCCUUCCAUCAGCAAGGGCAUUGAAGAUGAAACGUGGCUGGGUCUUUCAGCAUGACAAUGAUCCCAAACACACCGCCCGGGCAACGGAGUGGCUUUGUAAGAAGCAUUUCAAGGUCCUGGAGUGGCCUAGCAAGUCUCUAGAUCUCAACCCCAUAGAAAAUCUUUGGACGGAGUUGAAAGUCUGUGUUGCCCAGCGACAGCCCCAAAACAUCACUGCUCUAGAGGAGAUCUGCAUGGAGGAAUUGGCCAAAAUACCAGCAACAGUGUGUGAAAACCUUGAAGACUUACAGAAAACGUUUGACCUGUGUCAUUGCCAACAAAGGGUAUAUAACAAAGUAUUGAGAAACUUUUGUUAUUGACCAAAUACUUAUUUUCCACCAUAAUUUGCAAAUAAAUUCAUUAAAAAUCCUACAAUUUGAUUUUCUGGAUUUUUUUCCCUCAUUUUGUCUGUCAUAGUUGACGUGUACCUAUGAUGAAAAUUACAGGCCUCUCUCAUCUUUUUAAGUGGGAGAACUUGCACAAUUGGUGGCUGACUAAAUACUUUUUUUCCCCACUGUAUGUGUAUGUAUGUAUGUAUGUGUAAAAAAAUAAGUUACUGUGAACAUCUCAAAAAUGUAUUGGCACUAUCCAGAGAUAGUUAUAGAUAUAUCAUAAUAUAUGUUGUUGUAAUUAUAAUUAUUUUGAAGAACAACUUAACUACAUGAAUAUUUUCACUAACGGUUACAGAAACCUUUUACUUGCAUUGACUGUGAUAUAUGUUUUUUUGUAUCAAUCUUGGUUGAACGCACCGACUGUAAGUUGCUUAGGACAAGAGUGCCCGCUAAAUGACCAAAAUGUAAAUGUGUAAAUGUAAAAAUGAAAACUUGCAAAGAACACUGGGUAGAUGUCACUUGGGUAAUUGAUGUCAUAUGUAGUAAUUGUAAUUGGUACUGUACAAUUGAUUACAGUAUCUGACUUGGUACUGUAAAUUAGAUUAAUGUAACAUUUUUGGUACUGUCAAAUUGAUUAUAGUAGCUGUACUGUAAAAUAAAUUACAGUAAUUUACUGGCCAAUUUGCUGUCAGUAAGUUACUGUACAUUUUACAGAUUUGUUUUUACACUGUACAGAAAUGUUCCUGAGGGAGUUGAUGGAUGGAUUGCUGAAGAGAAUGUCUCUCUCUCUCUCUCUCUCUCUCUCUCUCUCUCUCUCUCUCUCUCUCUCUCUCUCUCUCUCUCUCUCUCUCUCUCUCUCUCUCUCUCUCUCUCUCUCUCUCUCUCUCUCUCUCUCUCUCUCUCUCUCUCCCCCUCACUGUCUCCAUCUCUCUCUAGCCCCAUUUAUACCUGGUUCUAACUUGUCCUGAUCUUGUCCAAAUUCUGAUUGUUCCCAUAUUUUCAAACAGGUUUAGACAUCAAAAGACACAUUGUGAUCUGAUUGUGAUCAGAUCAUCCUGCCUACCUCCGGAGGUAGUCAGACACGCAUUGUGUCUGGAUAUCUUACAAGUGUAGACAGAUCUGGACAGAGAAACCAUUUGAAUCAUCAUGAUUCUGCCCUCUAAAAUCACUGACAGGUGGCACCAUUGAUUGAUUACAUCAAUAUGUGUCUUACAAUAAAUAAAUCAUAUUUUGAAAGAAUAGCUGUAAAAUAAUUUGCAUAAAGGAAGGGACCAGUCACAGUGCAGACACAGUUGAUGGAUAAUAGACACAUUUUAAUACCAUGUGUAGACACAUUUCUGGAAAUGUGGGCCCAAUCAGAAUGUAGACAAGAUCAGGACAAAGGACCCAUAUUAGCACCAGGUAUAAACAGGACUUCUAUCUGUAUGUCUGCCUCUCUUUCUCUCUCAUUUUGUGUGUGUGCAUGCAUUCAAUUUACAAUGUGCAGUAUGGAAACUGUGUGAAAACUGAGACAACUACAAGAGACAAACAUACAGUACAUCAUAAUAGACUUAAAGACAUGAUAGAUUUAAAGAUUAAAAUGAAUCUAGUGUAAUUUAGUGUUUGCCACAUUUACAUAAUUUCACAUAGACAGACUUUGUUACACCAAUAAGAUAUUGUUAAUCUUAUUGGUGUUAUUAUUUCCACUAAAUCAUACAUUUUCAUUGCCUUUCCAGAACAUGAGAAUACGCAGUGUGUGUGGAGAUACGUACUGCACUAAAAGUGGAAAAAAGUUCACCGGGCAGGUCCAGGAAAAGUUUAUGAUUAUAGACUGUGAGGAAGUCAUUGCUGGGUCAUACAGGUAAGUACUCUUGUGUCUUGGGAAAAUACAUACCAUUUAGUUAUCUAUUCAUUUACAGUAAAUGUAAAGCAAUAUUGUAGACCCCAGGAAGAGUAGCUGCUGCUUCAGCAACAGCUAAUUGGGAUCCUAAUAAAAUACAAAAUAAAGAUAAGCUGGAACUGAGAAUUCGUAUAUUGUAUGGUACGCUGCUUCAGCUAAAUGCUAGCCCUGCUCUGGACAUUGUCUAUCCACCAAUAUUGGGUGACACUCUGAAUUACUUAGUACGGUGACUCAGGCAAACACAAUUUUCAUUUUAGUCAUUAGGUAAACAUCCCAUUCCUAAGUGCUUUGUGCUGUCCUGCACUUGAGCCUUGGUACCUUGUACCGGCUUCCAGAAGCCAAUAGGUCAAACUCUUCGGAGAGUGGAUGGGACAGGUCCUCUAGGAUGAAGGUCACCUUGUCCUGCAAGUGUUUGUCAUGUAAGGCAAGGCUGGGUAGCUAUGAUCCCAUUAAAUAGAGAGCAGACUUUGAUGGUUGUCUGUAAGCAGUUUUUACUGAUAAAUGGUUUAAUAAAGAAAACGUUAUCAUGACGGCAUCCGGGGACAUUUUGUAAUUUUCCACUAUUUAACCGUUAUAACAGCUAAAUAACCAUUGCAUUUAUCGCAAAUUUAUCUUUGAUGUAGAUUCAAUGUCUCCCAACGCUAGUAGCCUACAGUGCUUUUCUUUUAAGACUGAUAGAAUUGGAAGCAUUUGAAACAAGCCAAGAACACUUGAGCAAGAAUUGUAAUUACAGUUAAAUGCUCAAUAGCAAGUAAUGUAAGGAGGUGUUACAAAAUAUGUCUCAGUAAGUGUGUCUUAACAAUUGAAGAACUUACUCUAACAUGCACCCACACACUACAUUGUAGUGCCAACAGUUGAACAAACGUGGUUUUGAGAACACUCAGGCGUAUUAUGGACUUUGUGUAGACUAAAGGAAGGUGUGUAGAGGAAGUAAAGAUGAUUCUGUACUUUGCCUCCUUGGCCUUACACUUUUUCUAUGUCUCACUUCACUUUAUGGGGAAUAUGCAGCUUUGUAGGUUUAUAUUCUGUCUCUAUGUUCAGACAGAAAGUCAGAAGUGUCAGCUGUUUGCUCAGGUGAUGAUGUUUCAUUACUGGGUAAGGACCAGGUAGGAUGGGCUACAAGGGUUUAACAGUGGUCCCCUGUAGCUCAAUUGGUAGAGCAUGGUGCUUGUAACGCCAGGGUAGUGGGUUCGAUCCCCGGUACCACCCAUACGUAAAAAUGUAUGCACACAUGACUGUAAGUUGCUUUGGAUAAAAGUGUCCGCUAAAUGGCAUAUUAUUAUUAUUAUUAUUAACUUGUGGGUGAGAACGCAAGCAAUUAUGUUUGUACGCAUGUGCCAAGCCCUCCGUCAAUGCAAAAGCAUUUACCUGUAGAGUUUACUGGAAAUAUACAGUAAUGGAAAAAAGUAUUUGAUCCCCUGCUGAUUUUGUACGUUUGCCCACUGACAAAGAAAUGAUCAGUCUAUCAUUUUAAUGGUAGGUUUAUUUGAACAGUGAGAGACAGAAUAACAAUAAAAAAAUCUAGAAAAACGCAUGUCACAAAUGUUAUAAAUUGAUUUGCAUUUUAAUGAGGGAAAUAAGUAUUUGACCCCCUCUCAAUCAGAAAGAUUUCUGGCUCCCAGGUGUCUUUUAUACAGGUAACGAGCUGAGAUUAGGAGCACACUCUUAAAGGGAGUGCUCCUAAUCUCAGUUUGUUACCUGUAUAAAAGACACCUGUCCACAGAAGCAAUCAAUCAAUCAGAUUCCAAACUCUCCACCAUGGCCAAGACCAAAGAGCUCUCCAAAGAUGUCAGGGACAAGAUUGUAGACCUACACAAGGCUGGAAUGGGCUACAAGACCAUCGCCAAGCAGCUUGGUGAGAAGGUGACAACAGUUGGUGCGAUUAUUCGCAAAUGGAAGAAACACAAAAUAACUGUCAAUCUCCCUCGGCCUGGGGCUCCAUGCAAGAUCUCACCUCGUGGAGUUGCAAUGAUCAUGAGAACGGUGAGGAAUCAGCCCAGAACUACACGGGAGGAUCUUGUCAAUGAUCUCAAGGCAGCUGGGACCAUAGUCACCAAGAAAACAAUUGGUAACACACAAAGCCGUGAAGGACUGAAAUCCUGCAGCGCCCGCAAGGUCCCCCUGCUCAAGAAAGCACAUAUACAGGGCCGUCUGAAGUUUGCCGAUGAACAUCUGAAUGAUUCAGAGGAGAACUGGGUGAAAGUGUUGUGGUCAGAUGAGACCAAAAUUGAGCUCUUUGGCAUCAACUCAACUUGCCGUGUUUGGAGGAGGAGGAAUGCUGCCUAUGACCCCGAGAACACCAUCCCCGCCGUCAAACAUGGAGGUGGAAACAUUAUGCUUUCGGGGUGUUUUUCUGCUAAGGGAACAGGACAACUUCACCGCAUCAAAGGGACAAUGGACGGGGCCAUAUACCGUCAAAUCUUGGGUGAGAACCUCCUUCCCUCAGCCAGGGCAUUGAAAAUGGGUCGUGGAUGGGUAUCCACUAUGACAAUGACCCAAAACACACGGCCAAGGCAACAAAGGAGUGGAUAAAGAAGAAGCACAUUAAGGUCCUGGAGUGGCCUAGCCAGUCUCCAGACCUUAAUCCCAUAGAAAAUCUGUGGAGGGAGCUGAAGGUUCGAGUUGACAAACAUCAGCCUCGAAACCUUAAGAUCUGCAAAGAGGAGUGGGACAAAAUCUCUCCUGAGAUGUGUGCAAACCUAGUGGCCAACUACAAGAAACAUCUGACCUCUGUGAUUGCCAACAAGUGUUUUGCCACCAAGUACUAAGUCAUGUUUUGCAGAGGGGUCAAAUACUUAUUUCCCUCAUUAAAAUGCAAAUCAAUUUAUAACAUUUUUGACAUGUGUUUUUCUGGAUUUUGUUGUUGUUAUUCUGUCUCUCACUGUUCAAAUAAACCUACCAUUAAAAUUAUAGACUGAUCAUUUCUUUGUCAGUGGGCAAAUGUACAAAAUCAGCAGGGGAUCAAAUACUUUUUUCCCUCACUGUAUCUGUAGUUCCAUGUUAUGUUCAUCUUGAAAUUCAAACAAAAUGCCUUACAUUUGGAAGUGGUUCUGUCCGUAGUCUGCUGUUUGUUCAUAUGUGCUAAACUUGAACUCAAAGGCAAGUUGGCAUAUUUGACUAUCAGGCUUUACAACAAUUAAAGUGAAAUAAAUAGGUACUUCAAACAUCUCUUAUAUGACACUACAAAAACAGUUGCUCACAUACAGAGGAACACUGGGAAGCUAUGUACCCAAGUUGUUCUUCUGGUUCAAUAUUCAAAUGUGAUUCAAAGUAAGCCUGUUCAUAUUUGUUUGGUUGUUUAAAAACACCCUAAAAAACUGUUGAUAACACAGAUAUUAUAAUACACUAUUAUAAUACAGGUAUAACACAUUAUGGUUUUGACUUGUCAAAAGUAUCUAUGAACUAUGUACAUUUCAUCUAAGAUUCAUGUUAUAAUGAAUCAGUCAUUUUUUGCCUGUUGGAAAUUGCAACAUAGAAUGACAUAAGAUAAGUUGAUUUAUGAAACUUUAUAAGGCCUCAUAAUGCUUAAAACAAAUAAUGUAUUAUAACUAUACGCCCUUAAGUAAAGUGUGGUCAAACUGUCUCAUAUUGCUUGCUGCAUGUCGUCUAAAGCUGAUAGAAAGAUAUGUUGGUUUUUCACCAGAAUAAGUUACUAUUUGCACAGGAUGUACUUACAUAUAUUUUCCCUGUAGGUUUUGUAAAUAGUGCGCAAUCCAUUUAUAAGUUUAAACGUUUUUGUGCAGUACAGGUAAAUUGUUUUUAAGUAAAACAUUACUGAGUAGGGAUGUACUGACGGAAUAUUGAGCCCAUUGUGUACUGCGUACAUUUGUGUACUGUGUACAUUUGUGUACAUACUGUACAUGUACUGUACUGUAAUUGUUGAAGACGUCAUUGUUUUCCAUCAUGUUCCUUUUCCUGUAGUUUCAGCUGGCUCUCGGCGCAGGUCCACAGCAACUUGGUGAUGCACUUCUCUGGGCGAAUCACAGACAGCUUCGACCGAGAAUUCCGCUGCCUGUACGCUGACUCUCAGAUCAUUGACUGUUUCCAUAACCCCGAUGAGGAGGGUCUCCCCUACCACCCCUACCCUUUUAUGGCGCCCAACAUGGGGCUAGACUUCUUCCCCGAGAGGGCACAGGAUAGGGAGAGGGUUCUGAGUUCGGAGAACUCCAGCAGCCAAUCCAGUAGCAGCAUGUCCAGCGUCAAGGCAGCACCCAACAUGACAAAUACGGUCACUCAAGGUCAAGACAAGAAAGAGCCCAGCAACUUUCACCUGAGCCCUGAGAGGAGAGGAGGGGCACUAACUCCCACCCCUCAGAAUCAGACCACCCAAGGCACGAGAGGCUACCACAAUUGGACCAAUCACAGCCCAGUUUCAGAGCGCCCUUCCUCUGGGAUCGGCCAUUCGGUCGGGAUAGAGUGGUCCAAGUCCAGCCCCAUGGAGUUCAUCCGACCAAACAUUGGCAGAACCACGUCCAAGUUUCAGGCUCUAGGUUUGUACAACCACAAGUCAAGCCUAUUCAACAGUAGCCCCAAGACACAGUCUCCAGUGCUGGACAACAAACUCUCUGCCAAGCAGAGGACUCCCUCUAACCCCCUCCUCAAUAAGCUCACUGACUUCUUCCUCACCCCAACCAAGAAGGACAACCUCCCCCAAACCGAGAAGGACACCUACGUCUUCAAGAGGUCUCCUCCUCACAGCACAGUCUUUGGGGUGCCAGAUCUCUCCCAGACAGAGCCGGAGACCAAGCAGAUUCCCCCGCAUCCGCCCCCCAUGAUAAACCGGCAGGACCAGAAACGCAUGACCUUAGGCCACAGCAAACUGGACCUGGUCAACCACUACAACAAGAUGAAGUCCAAGCAGGUGUACAGCAGGUUUGAGUUAAAGAAUAACAACUGA